AUGAUUGGUUCAAUCGUUGGUGGUAUCAUUAGUGAAAGAUUAGGUAGAAAAUUAUCAAUGCUAGUCAUUUCAAUCCUAACUCUCAUCGGUACAAUUGGUUCAUCAUUAGUACCACCAAUGUGGUGGACUAUGGCUUUUAGAGCUAUCUUGGGUAUUGGUGUUGGUAUGUCUGCUAUAGUUUGUCCAACUUAUCUUGCAAUUACAUUUGGUAUUUUCAUAAGUAAUGUAUUUGGAUUUGCACUUAAAAAUGAAAAAUAUAAUUUUAGAAUAUUGUUUGCAAUUGGUGCAGCACCAGGAAUAUUCCUUUUAAUUACAUUCUUUUUCAUUCAAGAAUCAACUAAAUGGUUAAAUAGAGUACAAGCAAAGAAAUCAAAUACAACUACUCUUUUAAUUAAUCAAAAGAAAAUUAAUAAUAAAGUUGGAAUUAAAGGUAUUUUAACAAAACCAAUUGGAAGAUUUUCAUUAUUUAUUGGUGUUAUUUUAGCAGUUAAUAAUCAAUUGACAGGUAUAAAUGCAUUUAUGUUUUUCUCGCCAUCAAUUUUUGCAGCAGCUGGUAUUAAGAAUGGUAAUGAUCCAAUGAUUGCAACAAUUUUAUUGAUGGCUUGGAAUGUUGUUACAACUUUUAUUGCAACUUUCUUAAUCGAUAGAUUGGGUAGAAGAAAAUUAAUGUUGGUUGGUACAUUGGUUAUGACUUUAUCUUGUAUAGUAUCUGCUAUCUUAAAUCUUACAAUCAGUGGCACAACAUUGGGUGUAUUAUCUGUAGUUUUCUUAUUCAUGUUUGUUGCAGCUUUUGAAGGUUCUGCAGGUCCAUUGUUUUGGAUAUUAGUUAUAGAAAUUUUCCCAGAAGAUAUUAGAGAUGUUGGAUCAACAAUUUUAAAUUCAGUUCAAUGGAGUUUUAAUAUUGCAUUAUCAUUUAGUUUCCUUUCAUUAGCAAAUCUUAUUGGAAAUAAUACAUUUUUCAUUUUUGGUGGAUUUGGUAUAAUUUGUUUAGUCAUUAUGUAUAUCUAUUUACCAGAAACAAAGAAUGAUGACGACGAUGAUGAAGAUGAACAAUAA